CUGCGAAGUAUAGAGUAUAGAAGUAUAAAGAGGGGUACCUGCAUGUGCCCUUCACUUUUCUGUACCCGUAUCAUUCUUUCUGAAUUCAUCGUCUGAAAAUGAAGUCUACUGCGUUCUUUCUCUCUCUCCUCCCCUCAACCCUAGGGGCAACCAUCUACCUCGCCGGCGACUCAACCAUGGCCGCCGGGGGAGGCGGGUCAGGGACCGACGGCUGGGGCGAAUACAUCUCGUCCUCCAUAUCUGGCACAGUCUCCAACAAAGCCAUCGGCGGCCGCAGCGCCCGCUCCUACACGCGCGAAGGCCACUUCGAAGAAAUCGCAUCCUCCCUCCAAUCCGGCGACUACGUGGUGAUCGAAUUCGGGCACAACGACGGCGGCUCGUUGUCCAGCUCUGACAACGGCCGCACCGACUGCGGCGGUACAGGAGACGAGACCUGUCAAACCGAGUACGACGGACAAUCCGAAACAGUCCUCACGUUCCCAGCGUACCUAGAGAACGCAGCGAAGCUAUUCCAGGACAAGGGCGCUACCGUGGUGAUAUCGAGCCAGACGCCGAAUAACCCGUGGGAGACAGGGGAGUUUGUGUACGAGGGAACGCGGUUCGUCGAGUAUGCCAAGUUGGCUGCUGAUACUGCUGGCGUGGAGUAUGUUGAUCACGGGGCGUAUGUGGCUAGUAUCUUUGAGUCGCUCGGGGAGAAUACGGUUAAUGAGUUCUUUCCUAAUGACCAUACGCAUACGAGUGUGGAGGGGGCGGAGGUCGUUGCUGAGGCGUUCUUGAAGGGUGUGGUGUGCAGUGGUGUUUCGUUGAAGGAUGUGUUGAGCACGACGGACUUUGAUGGAGAGUGUCUGUAAUGGCUUUGUCUAUUAGGAAAGAGACCCGCAUAUGGAGUAAUAAAACUUCUGCACAAAUGUCGCAAUACAACAAGAUCGAAACAGUCAUAUCAUCGUAUCUCGUCCCUCGUCAGUCAUGCAUAAAUUCCCGAAAGCAAUUACUCUUCCAGAACCGCCUUGACCAGCC